GAGAGCUGGUGACGCGCUCUGCCAGCGGCCGGAGGGUCGCGGGAAGUGUCACAGGCGGCCUCUGAGCCAGCCAGAUAGCGUUAUUAUUAGCUUUUAUUUCGGAAUGAUUUCAAACAACUCUUGUACAUCCUUUCAUAAGACAAGUUAGCAUCGUUUGCCCUAUUCGUGUUGUCAUAUUCUCCCUCCUCUGUACACCUUUUCUCCUUGGACAUCUGAGUUGCAGAUGUGACGGGUACCCCUUUACUUGUAUGUUUAGAGGUACAUCCGUGGCAAGGAAUUGGUCCUGCAUUUAUAAUGAGGUCCCUGGCUUCCCUGAAGCAACUGCCCCGGAGCCAUGGUGUACGCCUUCCUCAUCCAUACCUUGAGAGCCCCGCAUGCUGAGGACCAGGGUCUUUGUAGAGUGCUCUACUCCUGUGUCUUUGGUGCUGAGAAGUCACCCGAUGACCCACGGCCACACGGUGCUGAGAGGGACAGACUUCUCCGCAAGGAACAGAUUUUGGCCGUGGCCAGGCAGGUGGAGUCAAUGUGCCGGCUGCAACAGCAGGCAUCCGGCCGGCCCCCCGUGGACCUGCAGCCCCAGUCCUCAGAUGAGCCGGUGCCUCUGCACGAGGCUCCACAUGGGGCCUUCCGCCUGGCCGCAGGGGACCCCUUCCGGGAGCCGCGGACGGUGGUGUGGCUGGGUGUGCUUUCGUUAGGCUUUGCCCUCAUACUGGACACCCACGAGAACCUGCUGCUGGCUGAAGGCACACUCCGUCUGCUGGCACGUCUCCUUGACCACCUCCGACUGCUGGCCCCCAGCUCCAGCCUCCUGCUGCGGGCCGACCGCAUCGAGGGCAUCCUCACUCGCUUCCUGCCUCAUGGUCAGCUGCUCUUCCUCAAUGACCAGUUCGUCCAAGGUCUGGAGAAGGAAUUUAGUGCUGCCUGGCCCCGCUGACUCCACUGGGAUGGGGCUCCCUGAAGGGACAAGGAGGGAGAGCAGAGGUUGGACACAGCCAGGGGAGGAGUGGCAUCAGCCUCCCGCCCUGCCUGCCCUCAUGCUGAUGAGCUGUCACACCAGGACAAGUGGACGGACAAGCUGGAAGAAAGGAGCUGGGCAGGGUGAGGCGGUGCCGUGCUUGUACUCAGGUUAGUGGAAUCAGAGUGUCGUGAGCCUAGAGCUGCCCUGCCUUAUUCAGACUCCUCCGUAUUAUGGCAGCCAUGCUUGUCCUUGACCCCUCCUUCUUUCAACUCCAGUAGCCAAUAGUACUGGGGUGACAGGGAGGGGCUUCCUGGAACUCAGCCCAUCUCUUUCCACACCCACGGUCAUUACAGCACAAAAGGGGUCUCAGGUCUGCAGCGGUCAUCGUCGUUCGCAGCGCUCAGAAAUGGUGGGCGUCCCUGGAGCAGCUGCCUUCCAGCUGUUGCCCAUAGCUGACGGUGUUCCUCCAUGGAAGGUCACUGCUCUUCAAAGGCAGUCCAAGUCUUGAGACAGCAGAGAGAUGUACUCCCAGCCAGUUCUUGAUGCUGUGACCCACUCUAGCCUCAUCCAGCUCAGAUCACAGGCACAUCCUUGCUGUGCCCUGAAAGGUCCCAGGAGUCGAACCCAGGACCUUUCUCAUGUGGGUCCAGUUGCAUUUCUACUGCAUCACUGCCUGACCUUACCUUGUUAAAGGAAUAACUUGUGAGGCUAUCACUCAAAAAUCUACUCAUAGGGGCCGGCAGAUGGCGUGGUGGACUCCCACAUGGCCAACCAUGGUUCAAGUCCUGGACUUGGCAGCUUGCUUUUUCAUCCCCCCACCUUUCUGUCCUUCUCUGGUCAAAUCAAAAUAAACAAAAUUAAUUCUUUUUUUAAAAAAGGGGGGGAUCUCUCAGACUCCCCUCAGGGUGAAGCACCUGUGCUCACCUGCUGAUAGGGCCUGGCCCCUGACCUUGCACCACUGAGACAAUAACAGCAGGGAUUUCGUUGGCCAGUCCCGCCACAGCUCAGAAGUGCAUCGGCUGUUCAGCUGGGGGAUUCCUUUUGUGCCAGGGCCUUGCCCAGUAGGCAGACUGGAGAUAAGAUAGUCAUGGGCUCCCCUCAUCUGCAGAGAGAGAAGGUACUGGCCGGUCCAUGCAAGAGGUCUGGCUGGGAAGAACCAGUCUUUGUAUUUUGAAUUAAAAGCUCUGGCUGUGUAA